AAGAAUAUUUUUUUGAAAGCUGUCAAAAAUUAUAUCGGGUUCGUCUGACAAGUGACAGUCUGACGUCUGACAUUUAAUCUGAGUCGGAGGAUAUUUUAAUUUUUAAUUUGAAAUUUUGUUUUAAACUAAUAAUUUCUACUUUUUGUUUUUAAACAUUUUAAAUAAUAUGUCUUCAAGUGACGGGUUGCCGCCAAAGUCGUACUUGAUUCCAAGUCCAAUAAUUACAAAAAGAACAAGAACACCAUCCGUUUGUGAACGUAUCGUUAAGACCAAGAAUAUUUAUGGGGUAAUCAAGGAAUUUUGCCGUCAGAAAGGGCAUGGUUUUAUCACUCCAGAAGAUGGUAGUGAGGAUAUAUUUGUACAUGUUUCAGAUGUUGAAGAUGAGUACGUCCCAAUACCAGGAGAUCGUGUUAAGUAUCAAAUAUGUCCUAUCCCUCCUAAGUUCGAGAAGUUUCAAGCAGUCCACGUGAAUAUAGUGGAUUUGAAGCCCGAAGUGCACAAGAAAUGGGAGAACUUAUAAAUGUCCUUGCCAGAAAAUAUAUAAAGAUCUUCAAUUCUCCCUUCUUACUGUUAUUGAAUGUAUAUUUGGUUCUAUUGAUUAAUGUUCUGUAUGUAUAUAUGUAACACUAAUUGGAUGUCUAUACCUUCCCAGACUCGAGUUAUUAUUUUUUAAGUUAUAUAAUCUUUUUUCACUUCUUUGCAUAAGGUAAAACUGUAGAUUUGCAGAGUUGCUGUGAUCAGUAAACUGUUUAAAACGCAGUAUAGACCAGGGCAUUUAGCACAAAAUAAGUCGAUUUUUAAAUACAGUACUUAGAGACUUGCAACUUUUUGCAUUGUGUUCAGGAUGAUGUCAGGAAAAAAGUCUACUAUAGAGAAAUGGGUGGAAAUGCAUAUUAAAGUGCAUAAAAUACAUCCAAAAGUGCAUAAACAUGUCAAAAUAAGUGUAUUAAGGGCCAGAUUUUGUUGCUCGGGGGGUUUUUUUGGGGUCUCUGAAGACGAAUACGCCAUCAGAACCGACCAACGGAGCAUCUGGUACCCAGGUUCACUGCUAAGGCACGUUAUCUGCAGUUUCGACACUCAAUUAAUGACAACAGAUUACUUGGGAGGUUUUUGGAUUUGCUGAACAAGAAAACGCCUUCAGAACCGACCCCCGGCGCAUCCGGAACCCAAAAACCCUCCAAACUCCAGAAGAUGACAUGCCUUUGCAGUGAACUUGGGCACCAGGUGGUCUGGGAGUCAGUUCUGAUGUCACAUUCGUAUUCAGCGACCCCAAAAACCGCGUAAUAAUAUAUUUGCAUGCAUUCAAUGCCGAAAACCUUCGAAACUCCAGAAAAUGACGUUCCUUAGCAGUGACCAUAAGUAGCAGGUGCUCCCGGUGUUUGUUCUGAUAGCGUAUUCGUAUUCAGCAACGCCCAAACUCCCUUGUAAUCUAUUUGUACCAAUUUAGUGCCGAAAUCACUCGAAAUUUCAGAAGAUGACGUGACCCUAGACACCAAAUCCUCCAGAUGUUCUGAUGGAAUAUUCGUUUUGAGCCACACCAAAAACAUCCCGAGAAAUCUGCAUUAAUUUAAUGCCGAAAAUCUUCGAAACUUCAGAAGAUGACGUGACUUAGCAGUGACACUGGGCACCAGGUGCUCCGGAGGUCGGUUCUGAUGGCGUAUUCGUGUUUAGCGACUCCAAGAACCUCCAAGUAAUAUGCUUGCAUCAGUUUAAGAUAACCCUCGAAUCUCCAGAUGACGUGCCUUAGCAGUGACUCGGCACCAGAUACGCUGGGGGUCUGUUUUGAUAAGGUAGUCAUGUUCAGCGACCCCAAAAAGCUCCGAGUAAUAAAAUCUGGCCCUUAAUAUGCUUAUUUUGACAUGUUUAUGAACUUUAGAACGCAUUUUAUGCACAUUAACGUGCAAUUAUGCAUUUCCACCAAUUUUUGUAUAUUCUUGUUCUCAUGAUCAUUUUUCAGUGCGUCAUUAAUUAUGACGUCAUAUACUGUAUUCGGUGUGUCGAGACUUAUUUCAUGUAAUUAUUGACGAAUCUGACAGAUGCCACAAUCGUACUUAGCCAUAGGUGAAAAGCUUGUGGAAUUAAACUAAUUAGUAAUUUAGUAGAUUUGAUUUUUACACAAUAUGUUAACAUGUAGGUAUUUCUUAUAAAGGGCAAUAAAAUUAAAAAGUAAACAAUAUUGUUAAUUAAAUUUAUAAAUAUGGAAACAUUUAAAAAUGACACAAAACUGUCCAUAAACUGUGUUUUUAUCUUCUUCUCUAGGUGCUGUCUCCGCUUCCAAAGUUAGCAAUCAUCAGAGAGAUCUUUAUUUCUGAAACAGCGGCUCUAAAUAAUUCAUUGUUAUUACAUCCAAACCAGUUCCUAAGGUUCUUCAGCCAUGAGUUACGUCUCCUUACUAUGGAUCUUUUUCUUGCAUAAUGACCUGGAGUAUUAGAUAUUCAUCUCUCAUCACAUGUCCCAUAUAUCUCAGUUUUCUUCUUAUUUGUUAGUUCUCGUUCCUUAUGCGUAAGUCUCAUUACCUCCACGUUGGCUAUUCUAUCUACUCAUGAGAUAUUUAGCACUCUUCGGUACAAAUCGAAUGUCUCUAGUCUCUUCACGCCAAUGACUAACUUUUAACGAACUAAAUUCUAAACCAAAACACAAAAUAAUGCACAAAGACGUUGUGAAACACAAGGGAAGUCGAAUUCGAAAUUUCAAAAUGACAGGUACACAAAAUACUGACCUGAAUAAUAACCGUCACUUGACUCUUUGACACUUCUAAAAAAUGGCCAAAAUGGACAAAGUUUUUGUCAAAUGUUCGUAAUACGUGUAUUUGAUUGGCUAGAAAAAACGCGCAUUCUAAAUAUCAACGAAUCAAAGGUAGGUUAGGAAUAGACAUCUUAUGUAUAUAACCAUUGUAAUGCUGCAUUAUUUUUGUGUUUAAUCACGGAGCUACCGCUUUUUCCGUCUCAUCUAACUUAAUGCAUUAGAGAGAAAUCGAAAAACUGUGACGCACUAAAAAAUGAUCAUGAGAACAAGAAUAGUAGACUUUUUUCCUCACAACACAUCAUUUUGAACACAAUGCAAAAGUUGCAAAUCUCUAGAUGCCGUAUUUAAAAAUCGAUUUAUUCGAGUGUUUUUAGUCACUAAUUGCCGUGGUCUAGUAAAGUUGAUAUCAUAGUCGAAAAUUUUAAACAUGUUAUUUAGGUUCUGUCAAUUUUAAACAGGUUGUUGAUUCAUACAAUUCAUGGUCAAUUUAUACGGUAUGAAACUUCUUGUAAAUAAAAACACUGAAACCAAA